UGAGCUCUUCCUGUUCUCUGCCAUCAGUCUCAUGCGGGCAGCCCCCUGUGGUGAAGGAUGCUCGUGUGUUCGGGGCCAUGAAGCCUCGCUACGAGAUCAGUACCCUGCUCCGCUAUCACUGUAAACAGGGCUUCAUCCAGAGACACGCCCCAACUAUACGCUGCCGGGCCAACGGCCAGUGGGACAUGCCCAAAGUCACCUGCACAAGCCCCGCCACCUACCACAGGUCAAUCAGUCUCCGGCGCCGCAACAACCAGAACAACGAGCUACAGAACCUGCGCUAUAACCACCACAUCCAUCACACCAAGAGUCAUCAGAAACACAAUCAAAACCAAGAGCAGCAGAAGAGUUACAAGUUCUUUCAGAGCUUGUGGACCCCUUUCCAGAGGGAGAAGAGGCACCAGCAGCAAACACACGUCGGGGACCAGAUGAGACACUGAUUGGGUUUGUGGGUUUGUAAAUGAGUGUUGGCAGCCGAGCACAGUAGGCUGGCUACGUCGGUCCAGAGGCAUCGAUAGACAGAGAGACAAACUGUCUAUCAAUGUCUCUCUGAAGGACAAGAGGCGUGUUUUACCUGUGCAUUGUCCCCAGAAACACUCCAGGAUCUGAACUGUAACACUAGAGAGAUUUAAGUUUCAUGUGUAAAGUUAGCUCACUGAUUAUAUCAAGUCACAACGCUCUAAACAAGACGGCUGGUGCCUUAAUGGCUUCACUGUGUGGUCGUCUUAAUGCACCACAUCAGCGGCCUGUGAGUCAGAGUUCAUGACCUGGCAGAGGAUCUGAACAGUCUGUCAGUCCGUCUUAUUUUAAAGGUGCCCUGUGGAUGAAAAUUAACAUUCAUUGUUUUGUAUCCUUGAGGCCUCACAAGUUUUUCACAAUAAUCACAGAAAUAUUUGUGGUUUAUUUUUAUAAGAGCGAGCCCUGUAGUUUAGAGACUUUACAUAUUGUUACUGACAGACUAUAAAGCACAGAAGCAUAAUGCAUUCACUGAAGAAAAGAAAUCACGCUCUGUUUUUCGAGAUUAUUAUCUCACAACUAUGAGAAGUUUUUAUGGGAAAUAUUCUGCUGUCGUUUUUUCUGAAUCAAGAAGAUAAUCUCAGACAAACAAGAAUAUAAGAAAUUAUUAUCUCGUUAAUUCGGAAAAACGAGCAGAUUUUUUUCCGUGAACUUUUUUUCACAAAAUUCUAAGAUAAUAAACACAAGAAUUGGCAAGAUUAUUAUCUCGUUAAUUUAGAUUCAGAAUUUAUAAAAAAAAAAAAUUAAUUACGGAUAGAUCAUAAUCUUGUAAAGAAAAACAGCAGCUUUUUUUCGAAUUAAAUGUUUUUUACGGAAUUUUAAGAUGAAAAAAAAAACAAGAAUUCACAAAAUAUUUUAAUAAAUUAACAACAGGUGAUAAUUACUCAUUUUUUUCAUGACAUUUUGUCUCAGAAUCCUGAGAUUAAAAAAAAGAGAAUUUCCAAGAUUAUUUAUCUUGUAAUUUAUGAGAUUAUCUUGUUAUUUUAAAAAAAAGGCAGAUUUUCUUUAAUAAAAUGUCAUCUCAGAAUUUUGAGAUAAUAAAAGAACAAAUAUUUCCAGGAUUAUCACCUCAUUAAUUUACAAGGUUGCUAUUUUGUUAAUUCAGAGAACAAAAGCAAUUUUUAUUAUUCAUAGAAUUUUUUCUCAGAAUUCUAAGAUGAUAAAAACAAGUAUUUUCCAACAUUAUUAUCUUCUUCAUUUAGGAAAUGAUUAUCUUGUUAAUUCAGAAAAACAAGAACAGAUUUUUUUCUCAGAAUUCUGAGAUUAUUUUUAAAAAAAAUAAUUUACAAGAUGAUUAUUUUAGUCAUUUAUGACAUAAUUAUCUUGUAAACUGAGACAAACAAGAGUACUUUUCUUAAUUUAUACUUUUUUUUUUCAAAAGUGAAUUUACAAGAUUAUCAUUUCGAUAAUUCAGAAAAACGAGCAGAAUUUUUUUCCGAAAAUUUCCACUCAGAAUUCGGAGAUAAUAAAAUAACAAAAAUUUGGAAAUCAUUACCUCAUUAUUGUCGAGAUUGUUAUUUUUUUAAUUCAGGAAAAUGAGAGCAAAUAUUUUAUUCAUACAUUUUUUUCUCAAAAUUCUGGGACAAUAAAAAACAAGUAUUUUCCAACAUAAUUAUCUUGUUAUGUACAAGAUUAUUAUCCUGUAAAUUUAGGAGAUAAUUUUCUUGUAAACUGGGACAAACAAAAGCACUUUUUUUUUAUUCAUAAAAGUUUUCUCGGAAUUUUGAUAUAGCUAAAAAAAAAAAAGAAUAAAAGAUUAAUAAUAAAAAAGAUUAUUAAUAUUGAUUAUUAUCUCCAGAAUUCAGAAAAACAGCAGAAUUUCAUUUUAGAAUUCUGAGACAAUAAUCUUGUUAAUUCAGAAUAAUAUUUCAAAUAUUUCUUUCUGAAGUAAAUGCAUUAUGCUUCCAUAUUAGAGAGCAUGAAUUCAUCACUUUAAAUUAUUAUCAUAGAGCAUUUUCCACUUUGUCCAGUUUCAAUUUAUUGUUGCUUAUCAGGACCCAUUUUUACUGGCUAAUUUCCACAUGUAGAUUUUUGUACAAAAUAUUUUUAGCUGAGAAAAGUUUUUUAAAUAAAAAGGAGAGGUGAGAUUUAAAGAGACAGCACACAGAGCUGGAGGGGAGAUUAUUAUGAAUGUGUGUGUGCUGUGGCUAUUAAUCAUAGGAUAUAUAAUAUAGAUACUAUAUGAAGCCAUAUAAAUUUAACUUAUUGUAUACUUUAAAACUAUGAAUGGACUGUGAUAUUAAAUAAAGGUCAUUGGAACUGAAGUGAUUCUGUUAAUGAUGACUUUCCUUGCUGUUUACAGAUCUGAUCAUGUAGUACAUCAGCUUGUCCAGGUGCUUUUUAAUGUGCUGUGACUCAAAAUCAACCCAACAAAUUCACCACCAAACCGCUCCGGAUUGUUUCACUCAUUUUCUACAAUAUUCAGUCACAAGGUUUUACGUUAGCGGUACUGUAGAUAUUGCUUUUUGCUACAGAUCUGGAAUCUGUGUUUUUAAUCCAACAAAUAAGGGAAUGUGAAACAAGAUGUUUUUAUGUGACCUUCUCCUCUUCAUGUUCUGUAUACAUCUUUCAUUUUAUAUAUUGUUUGUCAAUGUAUAUGCAUUUUUUUAAAUGUUCUUUACUCCAUGUGGUUGAUGGGGUUCACUGUAUCUGUGGCACAAGAGCUCAUUUUUAUGUAAUCAUUGUUUCUUUCUUCAUUUGAGUUACUGUAAAAAAAGAAAGUUUCCAUCAUCCUGGUUUCAGUGUCAUUGUCAGCUGAGUGUGCAAUAAUAGGAACUAUUAUAACACAA